UGUCGGGCUGAGGCAGCGCCCGCCGGCCCCGCUCCGUGUGCGCGGCCCGCCUGCCCCGAGCGCCGACCCGCCAUGGCCAACAACAGCCCCGCGGUGGCGAACUGCCAGGGGCAGCAGGCGGCCCAGCACCCGCCCGGCGCCGUCCCGCCCGUGCAGCAGCCGCUGCAGAGCGGGGGCCCCAAGCCGGCGGCCUCGGGCAAGCAGGGCAACGUGCUGCCGCUGUGGGGCAACGAAAAGACCAUGAACCUGAACCCCAUGAUCCUCACCAACAUCCUCUCGUCGCCCUACUUCAAGGUGCAGCUCUACGAGCUCAAGACCUACCACGAAGUGGUGGACGAGAUCUAUUUCAAGGUUACGCAUGUUGAGCCAUGGGAAAAGGGCAGCAGAAAAACAGCAGGCCAGACAGGGAUGUGUGGAGGGGUGCGUGGUGUUGGAACUGGAGGAAUUGUGUCUACUGCUUUUUGUCUGCUCUACAAAUUAUUUACACUGAAGCUCACUCGUAAGCAAGUGAUGGGCCUUAUCACUCAUACAGACUCCCCAUAUAUUAGGGCUCUUGGAUUUAUGUAUAUUAGGUACACACAGCCACCUACAGAUCUAUGGGACUGGUUUGAAUCCUUUCUUGAUGAUGAGGAGAUCUCUGCAGCGAUUAUAUUUGGAAAAACUGUAUAUCUGAACACUUAAAUGUGUGUGAGUGCAAGCAGUUUUACGUUCAGAUUUUCUCUUCCUGUUUAGAUAACAAAUCUCACUUUCCUUGUGUGCUUGCACUAUAGGUUUGGGACUGACAAUAGCUGACUAACAUGUCCUGAGCUGUGAGAGGGCAUAGCAAGAAGGCCUUCAUGCGGUAAUGACCCUUUUC